GCCACGUAUCUUCUCAUUUCUGCCUCUGCGUUUUCGACCCCAGAUCCCGAGGAAACCAUCACGUCAGCCACCUAAAAUCAGGAUCGACUUGUCAAUGGAUAACCUGAGCGGAACUUGCCAGUGGCCUAAGGUAUGACAGAGCCAAUCACCCCGAAAAGCAAACUGUCGGUCUUUUCUUCUGUUGGUAAGGGCACUAGUUGGGGGCCUUCCCGCUGAGUAAUAAUACGAGAGACCAAAAACCUGCUGUCAAAAGGUAGCUUACCUCAAUCAACGGUCGACGGGCCUGAUAUCAACUGUGUGGAGCAUAAACCACUCCGGCACCAACACAAAUAACUAGAUCACCGAUCUACUCAUCGACUCAGUUGUCAUUCUUCGAUCUGCUAAAGAACACUGGGUUCUCUAGCAUCGACUCCAGACUGUGUCUUAAUGUCAUUAAGCUACAAGCAGCUUGAAGCCCCCGAGGCUCGACUCCACGCUAGGCACGCAGCACCCCAUGUCCCGCACACCACCCGGGGUUUCUUGCUACGCAUAAUUAGCCGAACACAAAUGCAAAUCUCGAGCAGUCGUUGAUUCCGGACACCGACAAACUGCGCUCUAGCAUCAAGUCACUCUCGGCCACGGUCCUUUUUCGAUCCAUUGUUGUUCGCUAGCGAUAUAAAGUCUUCCUCCUCAGUAUACAAUCGGUUACUCGGUCCGAUAAGAGACAAGGACUGACCAUCGAUCCUAUGCCGCCAUGGAAUCGUGGACUUGAGCAUUACAAGCAUAAUCCUGCCGCACAUGUGCCUGGGGGACUGCGGGGGCCAACCUCGCACAACAGUCUAAAAGUCCGAAAGGCCACCCACUGGCUAACAUUCCUCACAUCAGCCAGCCUGGUGAACAUAUUUCCAGCAUCAUCUUCGACAUAAUGGCAAAUUCGUCAAACUCAGAGCUCCAAGCAACGGCGACCCUCGUUCAAAGACGAAAGAGGUCGCAUACAAAGUCUGUUUUGCGUAGCCGGUAUCGUGGGUAUUGUUUCAGUUGGCGUCUUGCCGACAAUGGAGAGAGACGAUAUGUUGCAGCGGACCAGAGCACAUUGGUCAACGAAACGGUCCAAGAGACAGAAAGUUUGCCCUCACCUUCAGCCCAAUUGACGCUCAAUCCGCUUCCCGAGACUGUGGAUAAUACAACAAAGUCAGCUUUGCAAUAUUUUAUUCGCGACCUUAUCCCUACUUUUAGCCGCAGGAAUGGCCAUCAUCGACUUGGUGUCGACCAAAGCCUUCUCCACGAACUGCUGCCAAAGAUGCUCCAUCGGAAGCUUCUUCUAGAAUCAAUUGCAUUGAUGACGAGUGCCAUCCAAGUCGUAUACUACUCAGCCCACAAGAACGAUGGUCAAUUCGUAGACCGUCAGUUGCUCAAGCUCUAUCCCAUGGUGAGGGCCGAACUCUCCGACUCAGAGCGCAUUGAUGCCGCCGAAACGCUCGUAUGGAGUCUGACUGCGAUUUGUAGCACACUGUACAUCCAACGCCGCGCAGCAGACUCGGCCAUCCAUGUUCGUGCCUUGUCCACACUCCUAGACACUUCGCUCAAGCAGAAGAAACCCAUCAAUCCCUUCAUUGUACAGCAAGCUAGAGCGUAAGUGCACCCGGCCCCACAGGGUUCUGUGUCCAGUCUCUAAGGAGAGCUAGAUUUAUUGGCUACCAGCGAGCAGUUGGCGCCGCAGCCGCUCUCGUGGACCAAUAUAGCGGAAAGCCAAAACCACGCCUCCCUUUGCCCACUAAUUCCGCCUUUGAUCCGUUGAUUUUGUUACCACGCGGCUUCAGAGAAAUGACUUUGGUCGGCCUUCUCUGUGCCGAUUGUGUACAGGUGCUCCUCUGGGUGUCCACUCAGGAGCCCUUGUUUCUAGACUCUGACAGCACCGCAGCUACUGAUGAUAAAAUCUACAUGUAUCAGGCAUGCUGUCUUUUCAUGCUCCAAAACGCAAGAGACCGCUCGCACCACGAGAAGCUGAUCGUCCAAGCUACCAUGGCAUACCUUACUUUCUUGAGCGGUAAUUUCAAUACUUGUUUUGUCACCAAUUGCUUCAUGCAGAUCUACUCGAAGCGGGUCUGUAUGGCCCCUGUACAAGAGGGCGAGCCCGUCUUGGUGGCCUGGGUUGCUUGCAUCACCCGAGCGGUUUAUGGUCCUGGCAACUUCACUUGGGCCUAUUCGGAACGCUUGUUGAUGACACUUUCUCCAACAGAUCGUGCUUCGGUUGAAUCGGGCGACUGGUUGCCUCAAUUUCUUGAUUUCUUCUGGCAUCCUUCCUUGACCGUCGCACUUCGAGAGAGUCAAUCCGCCGGUUCACAGCUCGGUAAUCGCUAAUGGUCCUCGGUGUGGUAGUCAAACGCCACAGAACUCACCAACAACGAUACCCCUUGCUGAUCUCGCAGCUAGCUGGGAUGGCCCAAGGAGCCUUCAAGUCCUAGGUCUCCUAGAAGCCAGGUACCUACAGGGUCCAAGUCGCUCCAGGAAUAGCCGUACUGCUGAUCAGGAAAAUUCUCUCCUACGUUGGGAUACAACAUUGGAUCAUGCUGGUCGAAAGGUAGACUGGCCUGCGGCAUCGUAAUGAAAUCAUUACCAAGUAUGCUUUCAUUAGGCCUCGAGCCAUGAGCAAAGGAGGGGUUCUUCGGCGCGGUGCCAAUAUCUCCGUUCUGGUUCGGGGUGUGAUUCGCGCCGUCAUCUGAUAUGUGCGGCACACUGACUCCGAGCAAAUGCCAUUGACGACAUAUCUCGGGGCCGAACUCGGUGAAGAAGGGCAAGGAUUCAUCGGGCACUGGCGCAGGUCUUGUAGAGAGUUGGGGUUGUCGCGCGACAGUCUUUCUAGCUGCAUUCAAGGACCUCAGGGCUUCUGAAGCAGAGCCCCACCUGUCUGAUAGAGACUGCAAGGAGAGCGACAGAAUUUGAUAUUCAGCCUCUGCAGCAUCCUCCAGACCUGGGUAUCGAUAGCCGGACAUCUGUGACAGCCCCGCCGCAAGAGCAUAGAAGGCAAACACAGGCCCAAGGAAGCGAAGCUCGUCCCUCGACAAAAAGUCCUCGAACAAACCUGCAAGGAAGGAAGAGGCUACCAUUGAUGCUGUGGAUGCUGAGGCGCUCGGACCUUCUGUCCGAUGCAGAACCAGCACAGUCACAAAAUAAACGACGGCCAGCUGGCGAGACUUGAAGUUGUAGGGAUUUAGCGAUCUGUUGUCGGCGCGAGAGAAGACCCGCAGCUCUGACGGAAGUUCCCUAAUCCAACGGUACAAGGCAUUCUCAAAGUUUUUUCGGUCUUCGGGAAAAAAUCUCUUGCGGCGACGGAAUUCGGUGACUUCUCCCAAGAGCGCACAAAUGCCGCAAUAUGCCACAAAAAUGUGGGCAUCCGUGUUCUUGACUGGGAAGUCAUUGAUCGUGGGGGGGAGGACAUUGCUGUCCUUCAGGUUGAUGGUUCGCGGGCGGCCAACGCCUACGGAUAUGACGUUGUCUCUCAGCUAUUCUCUAGAUUAGCAAGCAAUGCAGUGAACUAUACAAGGGCUAGGUCAUCAUACCACCAAAGUCCACCAGACUCGGCGUCGCAGCAGCCUGCCGGGCGCUGUGGGCGAGGGUUCUUUAUGUAGACCGAUCUGGUAUGCCAGACCUGCCCCAAUACGAACCCAGAAUGCGCUGGUACUGGCAGAUAGCUGCUCUGGUCCAGUGGGGUUCCACCAAUGUAAGAGCAAGACGGAGAUGAGAGCGAUGAUUGGGUUCUUUUCGUGGCCAGCAAAGAAAAGCGACUUUGCCCGUUGGUAGUAGUCUCCAGAAGUGGCGCCUACCACAGCCUUUGAAGAAACUCUGCUGCCUGCGAGAAAGACGGCUUGCUGGAGCAAAAUGGAGGGGCCGUGAUUCGCUUGAUCGUCGAGCCACCUUCGAUCGACAAUGGGCAUCCACGGCAAACAAUGCUCGAGAAAUUUGUCGACAAGACUGAGUCUGAUCGAUCGCGGGGGUAGAUCGAAGGCUUUGUACAAGCGAAGGACUUGCAUGUCGGUCUCAGACAGGCCGUGGGUGUCCUCAUUCGCGU